CGCGGACAAAUGGUUUGCUGGCUCGCCGCUCAAUGGCGGUGUUUGUGUCGCUUUUUGUUUGUGAGAAUGUUUCAAGUUUAAACGCGACUUGGCCUCGCGAGCGUCACCAAAGCCGCCAGCAUGAGCGACUCCAGCAGCAGUGACGUUUCAGCAGACAAAAGCAAACGGAAGAAGAGGAAGGAGCUGAGCGACGAGCAAAAACACGAAAUACGGGAAGCCUUUGAGCUCUUCGACACCGACAAAGACAAUGAAAUUGACUACCACGAAUUGAAGGUGGCGAUGCGAGCGCUGGGCUUCGAGGUGAAGAAGGUGGAUGUCAUGCAGAUCCUGAAGGACUAUGACACGCGAGGAACGGGCAAAAUAGCCUUUGAGGACUUCAGCGAAGUGGUAAGUGAUCUGAUCCUGGAGCGUGACCCCAAGGAGGAGAUCCUGAAGGCCUUCCGGCUCUUUGACGACGACGAGUCGGGAACCAUUAGCCUGAGGAACCUGAAGCGCGUGGCCAGGGAGCUCGGCGAGAACACCAGCGACGAAGAACUGCGCAGUAUGAUUGACGCCUUCGACGGCGAUGGAGAUGGCGAAAUCAACCAAGAGGAGUUCUUGUCCAUCAUGAGCGGAGCGUCAUGAAGAUGUUAUCCGGCCGCACUUCCCCCCCGCAAGGUUGCACGGUGAUGAACUUUGCAUGUGAUGAUGUCACAAGCCGAACAUUGUCAUCCAUGUGGGAGGAAAUCUUUGUGCAGGUUCGUUUGUGUACACGGUAGUGACUUGUUUUAUUUAUUGGAGUGAAGUGAAUAAAUGAUCCUUGUCAGUGACUGCAGGCCACUCUUGAA